GAGCCAAACAAGGUCUCAUUCCGCUAAAUAAACGCGCACCUGCGCCUGUCCGACAUUUGACUUGGCUGCAUCUGGCGAUCGAUCAGAUGUCGAGGAUAUCUCGGGCGGCUGUUGGCCCUUGUUUGGCUGUUUGGCUUUUAGGAACGCCCGCCCGUCCCUCUCGGACGCCCCACGGUCUCCCCGAGCGCGCCCGCCAGCCUCCCCGCCGGCGACGUCCAACGCGCUCCGCGUCGACGCGAAGACUGGGGAGACCGUCAGCGCAAGAGACGAGUCGAGUCAGCUCGCAUCUCAGGCGCGCCGGUCCGCCCCGCACUCGGUCCCCCAUGUCCAUAUCCGGUCGCCUGCCACUGGACGGCCCUGCGCUUGUGACUGGCCUUGGUACGAGCGCACAGGUUCGGCCCGCGCAGCGCAGUCUCUCAGCCUCUGUCUCCAUGGCCGCGGGUUGGCCGCGAGCAGGCACUCUCCGAGACUGGUCGCGCAGGCCCACCACGUCCAGAUCUUCUGUUUGGAGCACGCGCGUGGGCAAUCCCUUGUCCUGACCGCAUGGACCAAGCCCCGCGUCGCCCUCUGACACAAAAUACCAAUCAGCGCGACCCACAGCACGUCCAAGUCCCGUACUUCCACCCCAACAAGUGCUGCGCUGCUCACCUUCCCAUCUACGCCACGACUGUUCGCCGGGCAGGAAAACAUAAUGAAAUAUAGAUUCGCAUCUCCCACGACGCGUUUCAUGUCCACACCGGCAGCCCACACUGCGCCUAUUAGGCUAAAGAAUCGGCAACAUAUCAUGAGGUCCACCAAGGUGCGAUAGGCGCCCAAGCAGGCGUGCCUGCCGGCCAAGCGCCGCCACACCCAACGUGAUGGGGUUGACAAGCGUCUCCCCCAGCGAAUGCGGCUGCCCCUCACGCACGUCACCCCUCCAUCCGACACGUCACCCCGUCUCUUCCCCCGCCUGCCAACGCAUUCAGUCGCGCGCCUGCUGGUAACCGGUGCGCCAAAAAUGCGUGGGGCGCGCGCGAAAUGCCAAGCAUAG